AUGAAGGCAGAACGACAAACUGAAGCCAGGCAUUAUACACUCUACCUAGAUACCAAUGAUGGAAACCUACUGACUGGUGGGAUUGAUGGAACGAUUAAAACUUGGACACAGGAUGGUGAGCUCAUCCACAGCUUUAUUGCGCAUGAAGUCCCAGUUCGGGGGCUUGGUAGGGUUGGUCAAGUUCUAGUCACUAUUGGAACAAAGGACGGGCGUAUCAAGCUUUGGAAUUGGCAAAGCCGAAAGUGGCUCGUUGACCUUCAGGAGCCAGUUGGUUUCAUCAGGAAUGCGAGGACAGGACAUGGGAAGUUGGCUAUCUUGUCCAAGGGUGAAUCUGGGGAGACUCACAAUGUACAGGUUUGGGAUCUAAAUUUGAUUGAGCAGUUUGCAUCCAGAGUGGCAUGA